GCGGUGCGUCUUCUUAAGUCGCCCGCGCUGCUGGUCGCGCGGUUCUCUGAACCGCGGGCGGCCCGGGCUCCCCUCCUCGGCCAUGGCCUUCCAGUCGGCGUGUCGGUCUCUGCUUUCGCCGCCGUCUUUGCUGCCGCUGCUGCUGCUGAGCCUGGCGCUGCUGGGCACCCGCGCCGAGCCCGCCGCCGGGAGCGCAGUCCCCGCGCAGAGCCGCCCGUGCGUGGACUGUCACGCGUUUGAGUUCAUGCAGCGCGCCCUGCAGGACCUGAGGAAGACAGCCUACAGCCUAGACGCUCGGACUGAAACUCUCCUGCUGCAGGCAGAACGCCGGGCCCUGUGUGCCUGCUGGCCAGCUCUACGCUGAAGACCCUUGGCCAGUGCUGUUCCUUGUGAAUAAACGCCUGUCAGCAUA